AUGUCAGAAAUAUCAGAGAUUUUGUCGCCCGAGUUUGUUCCACCCGAAGAAAUUGAAGCAAUUAACGGUGACGAGGUUGAGGAAAUCGAGACUGCGUCACAGGAAGAUGGAAUUACUGAAGCGAAGAAGUUCAAAUUAGAUCUCGGGGAGAACUUGGAUCACAUAGGCAUCGCGAUUGCUGACGAAACAACUAAGAAAUCAGUCAAUAAGACUGUUCUGGAAAAGACAUGUUUAACCUGGCGUAAAAGACCCACUGUGUAUGAUCUUCAUCGAAAGCAAAUGCUAGAAAUUGUCGAGACUCAGAUGCAUCGAAUUACUUAUCGAACAAUGGCGAAUCCUAUUGAUGGUGAAUUUACAAUUGGCCGUGUCUAUAUCGAUAAUAAGCCGACAACAUUUCUCAGCUGCGAUCAUCCCAAGUGCGUCGGCACCACCUCCAGAUAUCUCAAGGCCUUUUUCAAUGUCUCCAACACGCCCCACAAAAACUCGUUCCGCAAGCACCACAACCGCCGGCACUGCGAAGGCGGCGCCCGCCAGAUAUUUGCCACUUUCGACGACUUAGCUGAUCAAUCGCAACCUAUUUCUACUACUCCUGAGCCGACAGUUUCUUUCUCUUCGACCAUCAGUGCAAGUUAUAAUACAAACACCUAA